UAAUUUCAUAUGAUAGUUUGAGCUUAUAUUUUUACUCUUGUAAGUUUUAUUUUCGCCGGGAAACGCAUCUUAAAAUUAUUUUUUUCUAUAAAACCACUAGGGAAUUAUUGCUAAUAACCGAAUAAAGUGGCUUUACACUUAAAUGUAUUUUAUUUUUCCUGUUAGUUAACAGUCAGAUAUUUAAAAAUCAAUCAGUCUCAUACAAUUUAGUUUUAUUCAGUACUCAAAUCGAAACCAUUGAGUCUUCAGAGAGUCAUAUCUCUUCAGAGAAUCAAACUUGCGGAUCGAGCUGAGAUAAUCUAAGUUAAUAGAAGAAAGCUAAGUAGAAAGUUAAGUAAACAAUAGUAAAAAAUAAGUAUGUAUUGUAUGUAUAGCGAAGCGAUGCUGUGUCUGCUCUGAUACACAAUUGCGAUCCCAUUGUGACACCUACAACAAUCUUAUGAAAAAUAAAGUAUUUUUGUUAUUUAAUCUUUUCAUAUGUGUAACUCAAUAGAAGAGCUACAUGCACACCUAUUGAAAAUUUGAGUGAUGGAACUCGAGAGACUCUCGAACUGCAUCGGCUGUAGCAAGUUGUCGAGAAUAUCUCUUGAAAUCGGGGAGCGGCGUCCGCGUUGUAGUACAUACGCUCGUAUAUAAGUAUAAUGUACGACAACACGACGAAUGGAAAAAAAGGUAAAAAAAAAAGCAAAAGAAAAAAAAGGAAAAGCGCGCACUCGAGCGCCCACGUACUAUCGACUCCGAUCGGCCUAUUCUGCUCGUGCAUACAGCUGCCUUGUCAUGCAUCAGGCUGCAGCCCAAGUUAUAUACCUAAGAUUCGGUUCGACGACGAGCAAAGAAUAAAAGCGAAUAAGACGGAGUCUGCGGAGAAACGGAAGCACCCGGAUUACACGUACUAGCCCACAUAGCACGGCGCACUCGAGCCUUGGCCGUAUACUUGGCUACUCCGUUCAGCGCUGAGCUCCACAUGCAUGCACAUUCAUGCAUUAACGCACAUAAAUAUUUAUCAACCUCACGGUUAAGCUCUGCCAGUCUGCAGCUCUCUUAUAGUGGUUAGCGCUUCCUCUGCACAUACCUACUGCACUCGCUCGCUCUCUCUUUCUCUCUCAUUUACUCUAUGAAUAUUAUACCUCUAUCUACAUAAGCACAUUUGCUGUCUCUUUUCUUCUUCCUUGGAUCCUUGUGCACGGACGCACAUAUAUAUACAUGCAGAUGUACGAGUUAAUGCACGUCUGUGCCGUGUGCGUGCGUGCAAUGUGAGCGAGUAUGUGUUCGCUCAAACACAUACAUAGCAAUACAGUUUGUGUGUAUAUGAAAACGCAGUCCUAGCCCAAUGCCCAUAGGCUUACCCGUCGCGUACUGCGGCUGCAUUGCGAGUAGCUACAGUCCGACAGCCAGGUAAGCCGUAAAAGCUGCAACUUAAGCGAUUCUUCGUGACUACGAAAGUACGAGCUCCUAUGUUAUAUAUGCACAACUAAGAGCGACCGCUCACUGCUGUUGCUCCUACCGAGUGUUAUUUUGUGCGCGCAUAUCGACUUGGCCAAGUCCCUUGACUGUUGAGAUCAAGUUCAACCGCACGACUCAUCGUUCGGUGCAGCGACGAUCUCAGCCGAUCUGAUAACACCUGCUAUGAAUCUGGCAGCAGCCGGCUCCUCUUGCUUCUCCUGGACGUCGAGCAAUCAUGUUUGCUCGAACUCGUGAAGGUCAUUCAAACGCCGUGACUGAUACAGAGCCCAGCUGCCGCCUACGAUGCGACUGCUCGUACUGCCAUUGCCGCAACUCCUAGUUCUUCGCCCCGGUAAACUUGCGACGCAGAUAUUUGUACUCGCACACGUGAUGCGUAAUCCAGUCUGUUUGCUGCAAUAGAGUAUCAUGUCACUCUGAAGCUUACGGACAAACUGAUAACCCAAUAAUGAGGCUACAGCUGCCUGCUAGGCCAGUGUUGAAAGUGCUCAUUUUUCUGUGUAUCUCAAUUCAGUGAUUUGACUUUAGGCUAGGAACAAACGCCUUUUGCAUCCACUUGUUAUGCCUGCUUUUUACAAGUUCAAUGCAUUCAUGCACUAUCAACAUUUUCAUUUAGACAACAGUCAAUUACUUCAAGUCUGCUUACAUGAGCUUGAAUGAGGUAAAUUAAUCUAGAAUGGCUAAUAAUCAAUUAGGCUAUGUACAGCAGUAUUUGCUAUUUGCAUAUGGAAAAAAUCUGAGGAUGCACAGAUGAAAACUAUGACAGAUAUGUGCUCCCGCGAGCCAGCACCAAGUGUGCUUCAGCACCAUCAUUCAGUUCUUGGUAAAAGCAACGGCAAAAAUUCUUCAAACUCUAGCCAUCAGCAAAUAACGCAAUCCACUCAGAUUAAUCUUCAACAUCAAGGUCACUCUCAACCUAGACCAAGUUCAUCAGAUAGUAAAAUUCAUGGCAAUAAUGGUCAUGAUGAUGACAGUGGACAUAUUAAUGGAGCAAAUAUCAAUAAUACUCCCACUCCUGGAGGCAGGCUCAAGUUUUUUAAGGAUGGCAAGUUUAUCCUUGAAUUAUCUCACCGCCGGGAUGGAGAAAGAACAACAUGGUUUCCAGUUCCAAAAAAGACUUUCUGGCCUCCUGCUAGUGUUACACCUAACAGGCAAGAAAGUUCUGCAUCACUGAGUGUAUCUGAUGAUAAUUCAUCUAUUCAAUCAAGUCCAUGGCAGCGCGACCAUUGCUGGAAACAAAGCAGCCCUAGAAGAAAUAUUUCGACUGAGUUCACAUUUUACUACAGACGAUAUCCUAAAACACAAGUUAGUGUUCACCCGAGACUGAUAGCCCGUAAAAGAAGACAGCCUUUUGACUCCAGUUCCUCAAUUACGCAACUUAAAGAGUCAAUUGCUGUUAAUCAACAAAAAGCAGUCAUUAUUUCUGCUCCUUCAAAACCAUCGGUUAAACUAAAUCAAGUUCGAAAGUUAAAUGGAGCACCAGCAAAUAAAAGUCUUAAUAUUAUCAUUGAUAAGCUUGCAAGACUUUUGGAUCCUAAUGUAGUGUCACCUCGUAAGCGCAUUUUACGCGAACUAGAGAGAGUUAGCUUAGAAGAUCAAGCUUCAAAAAGAAGAGCUACUCCACCACAUACUUCCAAUAAUAGCAUGGUUCUGAACGUUGUAAACGAACCAACAGUCUCAUCAAAUAGAAUGCCAACAGUAUCAAUAGCAAUGGCAGCAACAACAUCAGUACCAGCAACAAAACAGUUAUCAUCUUAUAGUAUAACAAGUAUCUUAGGAGAAGAUAAACCAAGUGUUGAGGGUGAACCAGGGUUCUUACGUAAUCUUCUGAAACCACAAAUACAACAGCCGCAAAUACAUCGUUCUCCUCAACCUCAUUGUUCCCCACAGCCCCAUCGUUCCCCUCAACCUCACCAAUCGCCUCAACCUCAUCAUUCUCCGCAACAUCAGCCAGUAUAUGGACGCUCAUCUCGGAUUGACCCUGGCAUGGCGUAUCUUAAUUCAUCGAAUGUUUCAAUGCAACCACAACAUCCGCCUAUUUAUGGGUUACCGUUGCUUCCACCCGCAGCUUAUCGAACAUCACCUUUUUGUUGGAUGCAUUACUCUCAACCAAUGCAUUAUCCACCACCAAUGCUAUAUACAACCCCACCACAACCCCAGAAUCAUUCUUCCUCUCCCUCACCUCCUGCUCAUCGCUUCAAAGACUACAGGGAACAGACAUUAACACCACCCUCAGAUGUGCCUCUAAAUUUAUCGAAGCAUGCAGGGUGAAUUUUGUAAUCCUGAAUACUGGUGCCUUAUUUUUGGAUAAAUUUUCAACCAGAAUAAGUAAAUUUUAAUUAAGUUAGUAAUAUACCUAAACACUGCCUAAGCAACGACAAUGCGAUAGAGUAUAGUAAAUUAGUAUUUUUCUACCUUAGAGGUAAAUUAGUGAAUAUGUCAAUAGUUGGUUUAAUACCAUUGUUUCCAACACAACUUCGAGUUUCUUGCUCUAAUUUUUCAAUUAUUGUUCUGCUCAAAUUGGUAUAUUCCCGUGUAUAGUUUAUUUAAAAGUUACUACAUCUUAAGUAUAUCUAAAAAAAUGACUAAGGAAGUGGAUGACACUUGUGCUUUAAUAAAAUCAAUGAAUUCGUAGUAAAUAUAUGCUUUGAAUUUGAAUAUAAUUUACUCAUUAUGAGAAAAAAGGCAACAUAAAUGUAAAAAAUUAAUAUCAUUCUGCGUAUCAUCGCAAAUGACUCACGUGUUUUUAUUGUACUCUAAAAUAUUUGCUGUAAAAAAUAAUUUAAAACAUUCAAACAUUUAAUGUUGCAAAGAUUUGUGCAUUCAAUUCAGUAUUUAAAAAAUAUAUUAAAAUUACUCUAUAAAUUUUAUAAUGUUCAGUAUUUUCAAUAAUUAUUUCGUGAAUCUAAAUUGUUUCAACCUGAAAUUAAAAUAAGUCGAGAGAAAAACUAAUUUCUAAUGUUAAAAAUAUUCCAAAAAAUUUUAUAUACCAAAUUGUUUGUAUCAAAUCUAUAGAAAAAGAGAUUUACUCAGAGUUUACACAUAAAUGUGAUAUUUAUCAAUAUAUAUAAAAUUCAAAUGAAAUUAAUUUUGCGAUUGCUCUACAAUUAUUUACAUGGAUUCACAGUUGUUUUGUAAUACUUAACAUCAAAGUCGUUGGUUUUGAAGAAAGUGAUUCAUACAAAUUAAAUGAUUAUCAUUCAGAUUUCAUAAAAAGUCAGUAUUUAAAAAAAAAGCAGUGAAUCAAGAUUCAAAAGCGGUAGUUGGCAGAGUACAUUCUCUGUUUUUUACCAAGAUAUUUAUCAUAGUGAAGUUGGAUACUUGAACAAAAAAAUAUUUACUAGGAAAAAUACCAAGAGGUCCUUUUUGCCAAUUUUUUGAAAUGGCAUUUUUAUAUAAAUAAUAUUGUUAGUUAAUAAAAAAAAUUAUCAGAACAACGCAUAUCUGAAAUAUUUUUAUAAAUGCAACUUAUGUUAAUUAAAUACCAAGCAAUUUAAAUGGUUUUAAUUGGUUGGUUGAUAACAAAAGUUACUGACAAAAUUGUUAUUCGAAUUAGUUUAUUAUCAAUACAAGCUAUACUUGAUAACUAGUAGUGAUUACUUUUAAAACAAAUGUAAAUACCGAUACUUCAAUAAUUCAGGACUUUUUGUUACCCAAACUAAGUAUAGAAUCUAAAAAUCUAAUUUUUACAACAUUUUUGAUAAAGUAGUAAUUUUAUGAAGAAAUCUUGACAACUUGAAAAAUUAUUAUUUUUUUUUUUUACAAAAAAUCACUCAAUGUUUUCAAAAUGAAAAAGUUGACUUAAAAACAUUGAGUACAUAUUAAUAUUGCCAAAAUUCUGUCAAACAAUAAUUUUACAUAAUUAAGAUUGAAGUAUUAUAACAUUUUUCAUUUUUGGUACAUUAUAAUUUUAUAAUUAUGAAUUAAUACUCACAGUCAUUUGAGCAGAAGCAUGUAAAUAUCAAAGUUGCAAGAACUUUUUUGGCAAAUGCUUGUCUAUUAAAAACCUUGUACAUAUAAAAAAACAAAUUCAAUAGAGACUUUCCUUCUAACUGCUGCUGAAUAAUUCUUUUGAAAAACUUUCUGAAAAUUUUAUAAGUCUAUGAUUGAGAACUAAUUAUGCACAUUAAUUUUAUUUAAAUUGAAAGUUAAAGCGGUAUGUUUUAGCUAGAAGUAUUACUUAAGUAAGUAUUACACAAGCAUGAUGGGAAGUCAAUUUGCAAUAUUUUGUAUAUUAUUAUUGAUGUUAUCAUUAUUUCUUUCACUAUUGUCAUGAUUAUUAUUCAUUAUUAUUAUGAUUAUUAUUACUAUAAUAUUAACAAAUAUCUCAAACAUCCAUAACCGUUUUUGGAGUUUAUUAUCAAUUUAUUAUAAAGGCGUCUUAACAAAGUCCAGUUUUCUUUUAUUUUCUUAAACAUAAACAUGAAUCGUGAACUAUAAUACUUUGAUAUUUUAUAGCAUUUCAAAGUAUUUUUAUUCAGUAGAUAUAUGGAAAAACUUACUACUACUGUCUCGUAACUGACCAGCGUGACGUGUUAUUUAAAUAAAUAAUAAUUAAAAUGAAA